GUGCAGGUGUUCAGGAUUCAUGUGAACAAUGGAGUAAGAAAAAGAUUACAAGCAAAACCAUACAAAUUCUUAUAUCAUGGACUAUGCGUUUUUAGCCCAAUAACUAAGGCAAGCAUCCAAAAUUGCUGCACAUGAAUGAACAGAAACACAGCAAGUUAAGGAUCAUCAAGGUAUAACCUAUGCCAUGGGUGUUUUAUCAUUUGAGCAAUCGAAAGAAAACAUGCGCAUAACUUUCAUCCCAGGAGAACUACAAGACCUAUGGGAUCUUUGGGGCCUAGAAAUACUAGUGCUAUUGAGUUUCACCAUUCAAGUGAUCCUCACAGUGUAUGGCAGCCGCAGAAAGGACAUCCCAGGUAUGAGGAUAAGGUUCACAGUUUGGUUCAACUAUUUGCUGUCUGCAUCCCUUGCAAAAAUCAUCAUAGGCAAGCUCACAGUAAUACCUGAAAGCGAUCCAAGCGAACGCAAUAUAAGACGCGAACUGAAGGCAUUGUUUGCACCAUUACUUCUUGUGCAAAUUGGAAAUCCAGAUGCUAUAACUGCUUACUCAAUUGAAGAUAACAGACUAGGACUGAGGCAGUUACUUAGCCUUGUAGUCCAAGUGGGUGUGGUAAUUUGGAUUAUUGUAAAGAGCUGGACACAUUCACAACUAUCUUAUCUCUACCUACCAUUGCUUACUUCUGGACUAAUCAAGCAUGGAGAAGUUGUUUGGGCUCUGAAAUCAGCACUUAGUAAAAGAUCAGGCAUAAUCACUAUUCAAGAGAUUGACCAAGAAGCCAACAUGCCUGCUUUAUUCAGAUUCCUCCCUGAGGAUAUUCCCAACAUUGAGUUGAUUUUAAAGGCUUAUUAUCGCUUUAUCUCUUUGAAGCCUCACCGUGAGAACUGGCUCUACCAGCCUCUCUAUGAAUCUCUCCCCCAAAUGUCAAUAGAUGAGUAUGCACCAGAGGACAUCUUUAAGAUCACAGACGCAGAACUGAGCUUUAUGUAUGAUGUUUUGUACACCAAAGCGCCUAUAAUCUACACCAAAGCAGGUUGUAUUCUUCGUGUCCUUAGUUUUUCCAAUUUAGUUCUAACUUUGUGUGGAUUUUCAGUUAUAUUUAGACAAGACUUUUCACGCCAUUGGAAAGCGUGUUUUAUAGUUGGAGUCUUAGGAGGAGCUGUUCUUAUGGAGGCAUACCAGAUUGCACAGUUACCCUUUUCAGAUUGGGCCAUAAUUCAAAUGAUCAAGCACCAAAAUCUUCCACUUAUGAUUCCAUGCCUGAGAAUUCUUGGACCAAGAGCUAGCAAUUGGAAAAGGUGGUCAAAUACGUUGCCACAGUUCAACUUGCUGAGCUUUUGCAUCCAUGACAAGCCAUUAAAGUGUGGGAAAAUUCUAAAAUUCAGGGGGAUUGAAAUGGGGUUGAGGAAGAACAGGUGUAGGACACGCAUAAAAUUUCCCCAUGAAUUGAAAGCUAUGAUGGUUCAAGAAAUGAAAGAUAUUGAUGGAGAUAGAAGACUAAAGCCCUUCAACCAAAGAGGGGAAUGGUCACUUGGAAGGUAUGGUUGUGUCAAUGAUUUAAAAUGGAGUGUUAAAAGAGAUUUUGACAAGAGCAUUACCAUAUGGCACAUUGCAACAGAUAUAUGCUAUUAUUCAGAUGCUCAAUGCCACAUGGCAGACACCAAUGUCGAAAUGGUCAAAUUAAUGUCAAAUUAUAUGAUGUACCUUCUAGCUAUGCGUCCUCAUAUGCUGUCCACCACCACUGCUAAGAUAACAUUUCAACACGCCUGUGACAAGCUCAAGGCUUUGUUGGUACAAAAGAAGGAACAGGGGGUAAAAGAUGAAAAGGAAGCGUCCUGGAUUUUGAGAAUGGAAAGAGUUCCCCAUUACUCAAAUUCCGAGAGGAAAUCAGAAACUGUUGUGACAUCAAAAUGGCACAUGCUAAGGGAUGCUCAGAGGCUUGCCAGGAAUUUGAUGGUUAGAGAGAACAGAUGGAAGAUCAUAUGUAGCGUUUGGGUGGAGAUGUUGUGCUAUGCUUCAGCUAAUUGCUCUAUAGAUUAUCAUUCUGAACAAAUAAGAAGAGGUGGGGGUUUGAUAACUCAUGCUUGGAUUCUGUUAGCCCACAAGACAGAUAAAUAUCAUAUCAGUGACUAAUAGUUGCCUUCUCAUGAAA